UCGAGGCGAGAGCACGCGGCCAACAAGACGUGCGCAUGUCAAGUGGCAAGUUGCGAGUUGCGAGUUGCGUCGUUCGGUUUUCGGUUUGAGCCACAUGGCGUAUACGCGAUACGGUCCGUGCCACUGCGCCUGCAUUGGGUAUUGAGUCAAUAAUGGUCAGUGGUCGGUGCUGCGGCUGUAGUGCGUGAGCCGAGCGGCAGAUAAUGUGUCAAUAAUUGAUUGACUGGGCAAUCGGUACUGUUCGAUCAGCAUGUGAACAGCCCACAAAUAGCUGGGAAGGAACUUCGAUGUGGUCAGCAAUCCAGGUGAUGCGAUUGGAAAUAAGCGAAGCUAAGUGCAUCCAUCUGCAUUUGCCAAUUUGCAAUUUGCGCGUUGAGCGGCCGUCUUAAUGGCUUGCCGCGAUUGCGAGGACAAAUAGCGAGUAUCUGUGACCCGUGAGCCAUGUUCGAUUGAAUUUGAAUGCGGCAUCAGAAGCAGCAGCAGCAGCAACAACAGCAGCGACAACAAGAGCAACAACAACGGACAACAUGUUGACAACUCACCAUCUGCACCACCUGCACCACCAUCGCGGCAGCACGGCCGUGGAGCUGGACAAGAUCACCAACCUGAACACGCUCAUCGUGGAGAUCAACAGCCAUGUGGCGCUCUUCCGCGACAUGCUGAUUCACGUGGGCCAGGCCAAGGACUGCCCCGAGCUGCGGGAGAAGAUCCGGAAGCUGCGACGCACCUGCGUGGAGGCACUCAAGCACACCGCCCAGAUCCUGAUGCCCCAGGUCAAGAGCGCCAUGGCCGAUGGCAUCCUCACCGACAACCCGCACUUGGUGCUCCUGUUCUACAUGGCCCAGUUGUUCCUACGCGAACUUGUGAAGAGCUAUCGCCUCAUACAAGUCGUGCCAAUGGACAUGUCCGGCUAUUAUGAGAACCGGGCCGGGCCCUCGAACCUGGGCAAUGUCAUCAGCCAGAUAUUGUUGUGCAAGCAGUUCACGCCCGACUUCAACGAGGAGGAGCUGUGCAGCAUCACCAAAGACUCCCAGGACAUCGCCGUGCUCCUGUCCGAGAUGCAGGAGUACAUGCCCCAGCACGAGGCCUACUUGGAACGGAACGCGGCCCUGGACACCACUGGACCCUGGCAGGCGAAGCGGCGCCAGAACUACAUCUGCAAGAACAUGAGCCUGCUGUGCUGCGUCUCCAGGCCCAACUACCUUUGAGAGCAGGUGGACAGCGUGUAGUCCGGGCCGAACUAGGACUAGGACCAUCUGCGCACCCAACCACUACUUAUAUCAAUUACUAGCGCCUAAGUUGAGCCUGCGUACCCGUAGAGGAAAUUCUAGAUCUUAAGCCGAGGGCGGAACACUCAAUUAGCAUUGUAACAUAAUCAAAGGUCAACGGAGGGGACAGGAUGGCAGUGGACGACAUUGGCUGGUUCCUCGCCUCCCAGAGACAUGUGUAUAAUCAAAGUUAAUUAUGCUGCAUAUACAAUAUUAAUGUAAAACCAAUUACACCUAACUACAUAGAGACGUUUAACUAAUGUAACGCAGCCAGUUAAGACUUUUAGGCCAUUAAAAUGUACUCACUGUAUAGACCCAAAGGAAGACACACACUUACGUUAUCCGCAAAUGGUAUAACCCCUGAGUUAACACUAAGAUUAGACAGAGGCUGAGGGAUAGGGGCUAGAGUAGGGUGCUGGGAGCAAAUGGCAGUUAGAGGUAGUUCAAAACGACGUAGCCUUCGUAAGUAAGUUGAAAGCCUGGCCAGGCAAGUGCUAAACCAAAGCAAUACAGACAUGUUACUCAGAAACCGAAACAUAUAUAUAUUUAAUCAAAUAGAAGUGUAAUUGAGUGUCUCUAGGUUUCCGUUUGUUCAUUUCACGGUUUUCAAAGUGAACUCUGCACAGUACCUAAAAUCAGAACAAAUAAUUGUAGUCGAACAACAAACGAGCAACGUGUGACCAAUAAAAUUCAAGUAAACCAAAUGAAUUUGUUUAAAAAACAAGGUUUAUCAGCAAAUCAAUAUCCCAUUCUCAAAUGGUACAGUAUUAUUACGGCAGCAAAGAAUUUCAAUCAGCCAACUUUGUGUAAUAUUUAAGCAGCCAAUGAAUAUUUAUUUCAGCACAAAGGAUUAUUUGCAAAUAAUAGUUGGAUCAAAACACAAAGAGAGUUGGUACAACUAAUUAAAAAGUAAUAGCUGUUUUUUAUUUCAAGGGGAAUGAGACCAAAAAUGUAACAAUUAAAUUUUUAAAGUUAGCAUUUGUACAACCUUUAUUCGAACAUUUAUUUUGCCAAUAAUGAAGCGAUUGUAGGCAAAUAAAUUUAUUGCACCGCCAAAAUGAAUAAUUAUGUGCUUAUUGUGUUUUCGGUUCCAGUGAAAUCGCAUUAAAAGAGCGCAAAUUUUAUUUUUACAAAUUAAAAAUGCUUUUAAACCGCCGCAGCCGAGCAAAUGGAAAAUUCAUAAGUUGCUGGUGCUCGAAGGCAAAAACCACUUUUCAAUUGAAUGCAUUUUUCAUUUGGAGGGCACAUACUUUGGCCCAUUGGCCUCUGGUAUGUGUUGCAUAUUUAAUGGCAAUUAAUUGAAGAAUAUUUUUGUUGGUUGCCAAUUUAACUGGCAGGAAGUGAGCAGAACACUCGUUUAACAUUGUAAAUCAAUUUGUUGGGCAAACAAGUAAGUGCUUGGGCUCUCGACGAUUGCUGGACCGCUGAAAUGACAAUGAAAAUGUAAAAACUCUACUAGAACGCCCGAAAUACGAUGGGUCAAGUAGCUGGCAAAUACUUGUACAUACUUGGAACCCAAUAGAAUAUAUAUAUACGAACAGAAUCUCUCAUAAAUAUCGAAGUGUAGUUCAGAUUAUUUAAUUAUUUAUUUAUUCGAUUCUAGGCAUAAAUCAAACACCAAACAAAUUUACACGUCUCUAGAGAAGCUAGUUCUAAAAUAGUAUGUUUAUAAUAUUUAUAAUUAUUUACCUGUAUAUGAAUGUAUAUUGCUUAGAUCGUUUAACUAGGUACUCCAUCAAGCAGUCGUGAUUGUUAUAUGAUAUUCAUAUAAGAAUUAUCUGAAUGUAUUUAUUAAAUGUUUGUUCAUGUUGUUUAAAAACUAAAUGCCACUGAGAAGUAACUCAAAAACUCACACACACUAGCAACAAGAAACUAAAACCAAAAACCGAAACUAAUUACCAAACUGGGUACCAAUCAAAUAUGAAUAAAGCUAUUUUUAGAGAAACUAAA